CACCAUCAUCAUUAAGAAGCGCUACCUCGUGACGCGUGGCACGGACUCUGGCGUUCGCUGUGGCCGUUACCAGUAUUCUGUCUCACCUGCUCAGCCUCAGCGUGAAAUCUCGGCCUCUUGCCACCCUCAAGACUUGUUAAGGGGUGAAUACUAAAAAUUUUUGAGAGGCCUCAGGGAUGAUAACCACAAGCCGCAGGGUCGACGUCGUCGUACUGAGCCUGGCGUUACUCGGCUUAUUGCAGCCCGCCUCCAGCUUCAAGGAUUGGUACUUCGGCGUCGAGAAGGUGCCCGACUUCCGCAUGAUGGCGGUCAAGCCUCUGGCCUCGGUGCGCGACUCGAUCCUGUACACGUGCUCGGCGGCCUCGUCGGACCCGCAGGCACUCGCCAUCCGCUUCCUGAUCAACUUCCGCAACCUGACCGACUUCUGCAUGGACGGGCUCAAGUGCAAGGUGCCGCCCAUCACGCGCUCGCGCUCCAACGUCGUCCGAGGGCCCCUGGUCAUCUACGACGCGCAGCUGGAGUUUGGCUCCACUGUUCCCGUCGAAGGGACGGUGUCGUGCGCCUUCGAGAACGCGCGCGGAGACGUGCUGGCCAACCUGUACGGCUUCUUCAACAUCAGCCGGCACCUCCUCCCGAACGACGUGAACGCCCUGCCGCUCUGCGUGCUCCAGCAAGGCUGCCGCCUCGAAGAGAGCCACUGUGCCGGUCUCAACCACGCCAACUGCAGCCAGUGCCAGGCAGGCAUGGGCUUCGACAGCUUCUACCACCUGUGCUUCGACCCUCGCCAGAUCGGCCAGUCGUGCGUGUUCCGGCACCAGUGCACGCAGUCCGAUCCGCGCUCCCGGUGCGAGCUCAGGGUGUGCAAGUGCCAGCCCCGGCACGACAUCAAGCCCGACGGCUGCCAGCCCCUGGUCGGGCUGGGCUAUCUCUGCGGGCCCGGAACCUACUGCUCCACGCCGCAGGCCACCUGCGUCAAGCACGCCUGCGUUUGCCCGGAGGACCACGUGGCCGUGAACGGGACGUGCCAGGCGGCGGCGGCUAUCGAGCUCAAGGACAUGCUGGUCAUCCUCACGUCGACCGCGAUCGUGUUCACGGCCUUCACGUCCUUGGUGUGCAUCCUGCUGCGCGACCAGCGGCCGGAGGACGAGGAAGGCAACCGGUCGCGCUACUCGCUAAACUCCAUCAGAUAGACGACGACGACGACGACGACGUCGUCGUCAUCAUCAUCAUCAUCAUCUUCGUCGUCGUCGUCGUUGUCGUCGUUGUCGUCGUUGUCGUUGUCGUCGUCGUCGUCAUCGUCGUUUUGCUGAGGCCCGGUUUGUCGCCGCCACUCC